AGGAACUACCAGGAGGUGCCUGCUGAUAUCAGGCCCUGCUGCAACUGGGACGACAGGCAGAGCUGCUACGUGUACCCGAGCAAGGAGCACCUGGGGCGCUACCGGGUCCUCAUCACCACGCUGGUGACGGCGGGAAGGCUAGUGUCCGCCAGCUUCCCCCCCGGGUUUUUCUCCCACGUCUUCAUCGAUGAGUGUGGGCAGGCGGUGGAGCCGGAGAGCGUGGUCGCCAUCGCAGGGCUCCUGACGGCCAUGGACCAGGAGACCAACCCCAAUGGGGGGCAGCUGGUGCUGGCAGGAGACCCCCAGCAACUGGGCCCCGUCCGGAGGUCGCCGCUGGCCAUGGAGCACGGCUUGGGCACCUCGCUGCUGGAGAGGCUGAUGCUGCACAACCCGCUGUACGCGAAGGGGAGCGGAGGGUACAACCCCCAGUUCGUCACCAAGCUGCUCUGGAACUACAGGUGGGGCCAGUCCCACGAGGCCAUCCUCAGAAUCCCCAACGAGCUCUUCUACGACAGCGAGCUGAAGGCCUGCGAGAGCCAAGAGCUCGACGUCCGGAGUCUGUAUUGCACCUGGGAGGAACUUCCCAAAAAAGGCUUCCCCAUCAUCUUCCACGGGGUUUGUGGGGAAGAUCAGAGAGAGGCCAAGAGCCCCUCCUUCUUCAACACGGCUGAGAUCGAGGUGCUGGUCUACUACCUCAAGAAGCUGCUGCAGACACAGGGCAAGAGGGGCUGCCCCAGGGUCUCGCCCAAGGAGAUCGGCAUCAUCUCUCCCUACAGGAAGCAGGUGGAGAAGAUCCGGAAAGCCAUCACCUCCCUGGACCCCGUCCUGCGGGCGCUGCAGGACAUCAGCCUGCUGAAGGUGGGCUCUGUGGAGGAGUUCCAGGGCCAGGAGCGACGCAUCAUCCUCAUCUCCACCGUGCGCAGCUGCAGCGAGUACCUCAAGCUCGACGAGACCUUCAAGCUGGGCUUCCUGAAGAACCCCAAGAGGCUCAAUGUGGCCAUCACCAGGGCCAAGGCUCUGCUGAUCGUGGUGGGUAACCCGGCCGUGCUCAGCAAGGACCACCACUGGCAGAG